AUGCAGCAGAUUACCAUCACUGUCUUCGCCUUUGCCGCCAUUGGAAUGGUAUCAGCGGUCGUAUGUCCCGCCAAGCCGACGUUUGUUACUUUGCCGGCCCAAGUGAACAUCCCCGUUAAUGGCGUUUGCCUGGCCAACCAAAUCUGCUACAGCAGCGGUGGCAUCGAUCAGUGCUUCACUUGCGUGGAUGCGUCUGGAAGCUGCGAGGACUUCAACAAGAACGGAUACUGUACGAACUCUUUCUACACUGUGGCCCAGCGCCGUGCCGACUGUCCGUCAACCUGCGCGCUCUGC